AUGCAGCCACAGCUCACCCCGCCGCACACGUUCCCACUCUGGCCACUCGUACUUUUCCCCUUCUGCCUUCCGGGCAGGAUUUCCAGGCUACAAACAAGGCGGGCACGAGCCCAGCAGCGGGAGCUGGCUGGAGCCAGGCCGUCCAAACUUUCCGACGGUCUCUGCCGUCCCGGCUCUGCUGACGCCGACCCGCCUCGACCCGGCCAGUCCCGAGGGGAGGGCCCCCCGCCGGCCGAGAGCCGGGACCUGCGGCGGCCUCUCUGCCCCUUAAUCCCCCGGCCUGGCGGCCGCCGCCUCCCGGUAUCCCCCUUGCCCCCUGCCACUCCAGCCUCGAUAACCUGCCGCCAGUUCACCUCGCCCGCGGCCGCUCCCGCCUCCCCCGCUCCGCUCCCCUCUCCUGCCGAGGCGCCCCCAGAGCCGCCUCCCGGCCCGGCCCCCCGCGAUGCGGGCGCUGCAGCCGCCCCGAUGUGCCCGCGGCCGGGCUCCCCUCGCCGCGCCCUCCCGCAGCCCCCGCCCGAGCCUCGCCCAGCGCCGCGGGGCACUCACCGGCUCCUCACAGGGGCUCUCCCUGGCCCUUCCCGGCGCCUCCGCGCCCACCACCCAGCGCUUCCAUGUGUCCAGCGGCCGCUCGUCUCUCCCGCUCCGCUCCGGCUGCGGCGCCCUCUGGAGUGCCCACUCCAGCGGGAGCCCCGCGGGCAGCCGGGGCUGUCACUCAGCCCGCCGGGCUGCCCGGCGCGGUCAGGGCGCUGCGGCUGCCGCCGGCUCGCUGCCCCUUUGUUCGGCGGCGGCGGCGCUGACAGCGGCUGCUGCCGGCGGCGCUCCCCAGGCCCGGGCGGCCGCUCCGCCUCGGCGCCUCCCCGCCCGCCCUCCCGCCGCGCCUCCUGCUCCCGGCCCGGGCCGCAGCCCCGGCUCGCUCCUUCUUUCUCCGGCCGCGGUCAACAAUCGGCGGCAGCACAAGUUCAGGCCGCCGACCCGGAAACUCAUCGGCAGCCGAGGCCCGCGGGGCUCUGA